UUGCGUAGCACGCACAUGCAGCAUGUUUACGACUUCUACAAGCCUGAUAUGUCCUCCGAAUACCCCGUUGUUGAUGGGAAGCUCUCUAUACAGUGUUACCUAGGCGCCCUGGACAGAUGCUAUCAAACUUACUGUCAGAAAGCCGAGGCGUGUUUAAAACAAGAGAACCUUGGCUCCCAUUUUUCUCUAGACAGCAGUGCCUUCUUUGCCUUCCACACACCCUACUGUAAACUGGUUCAGAAGUCACUGGCAAGGCUGAUGCUCAAUGACUUUCUCAGGGACCCAGACGCAGGGGCCAAUCCUAAAUAUUCAGGUUUAGAAGCUGUGAGGGGAGUAAAACUUGAAGAUACUUACUUUGACCGUGAUGUGGAAAAGGCCGUUAUGGUGGCCAGUCAGUCUUUGUAUAAGGAGAAGACAGAACCCACUUUGUCUGUAGCUAAACAGGUUGGCAACAUGUACACCCCUUCUCUUUACGGAGGACUGGCAUCCAUUUUAGGAAGCUACUCCUGCAGUGAGCUAGCAGGCAAGAGGGUGACUCUGUUCUCCUAUGGCUCUGGCCUGGCUUCUUCCAUGUUCUCUCUUCACUUCUCAGAAGAUGCCAGUCCAGGAUCUCAGCUAGAGAGGGUGUGUUUGUCCCUCUGUGAUCUCCAGGAAAGACUAGAUUCUAGGAAAAAGAUGCCACCCGCUGAUUUUGAUAAGAUGAUGAAGCUUAGGGAGGAAACUCACCACAAAGCUCCAUACACCCCAGUAGGUGAUGUGGAGGCAUUAUUCCCAGGAACAUGGUAUCUCACAGAGGUAGACAGUAAACAUCGCAGGAAAUAUGAACGCAAAGCUCUAGCACAAGCCACAAGCAUUCCAUCUUCUCCUGUAGCAGCUGCAGCCCCAGUGUCUGUAAAAGGGCUUCCCACAGCAUCUGCACAAGCUGUUGCUGCCUCUACAACUUCAAAUUGACAUAAGUUAAAGAUCUAGGAAAAAAGCUCAAAUUAAGACCUUUAUACUUCUUUGCUUACAUUCAUAAUAUAUAAAAAUUCAGUAUUGGUUUUAAUCAAUUUUAGUAUGGAGUUAUAUAACUAAUAUUUUUAUGACAACUUAUGUUUAUGCUCCGUAGGCAAAAUUAGAUUGAUGUAGCAUAUGUGUUGGUGCAUAUAUGUAUAUUACAAUAAUAAUAAAUAUUAAACAGGGGUGGACAGUAAAUUUACUGAUUUUGUGAAGUUUUUAUUCACAGACAUCUCACAUACAUAAUAUGUCAAAAUAGUGAAAAUGCCAAACUAAUUUGUAUUGUUUUGUUUGUUAAGAAUUUUUUAAAGUUUUCCAUUGGUUUUGAUAUUGCUUUGUGAGUCACUUUUGUAUAGCAUUUAAAUAUUAGCGUAUACAAUUUAAUGUGUCACAUCUCUUUUGAGGUCACAUGUUUUUCUUGUGUGUUGAAAUGGAGAAUGUUCAGCAUUUAGAGUAUUUCAGAAUUUCUCAUGUACCACAGCAUCAGUGAGUUGAAACUGACAAGUUUUAAAAACUUUUCAUGUCAGAUUGUAUGCUGAUAAAAACUACUAUAGAGCAGUAAGAGAUGUGAUAGAGCCUCAAUAUGUUCAGUGAUUUUAGCACCUCGUGCAAACUGAUUUGGGGAUUAUUUGUCUAAUUCAAAUGGGGUUUGAAUUAAGUUGCCUGUACGCAUUUAUGCUGAAGUGUAUGUAUGCAACAUUUGUGAUUUCUAAAACGGAUGGAAAUAAAAUAUUUUUAUUAAAAGAUA